UCGCAAGUGAUUCUAAGGGCACAUGUAAUGAAAUCGACAAGAUGGACAUUAUAUUGAAUGAUUGUGAACAGCGAUAUCCUGAAAUUGGAGAAAAAUUGGAGAAUUUCAGAAGCAACCAUGAAGAACUCGAAAUUAGACGCAAAGCACUUCAGGACGAGCUCGAUGAAGUUGAACGUCAACUUAUGAAUAAUAGCGCCAAGAUGCAAGAAGUCGAGAGCCAAAGGUCGUCGUUGCUUCAAAACACAAGGAGUGCCGACGAGACGUCGAAGGUGUUGGCGGAAAAGACUGACAAGUUGACCAAGUCCGACCAGGAGGAACCUGUCAAAUCAUUAAUCAAGUCGGACGACAAGAAUAUAAAUGGAAAGAGGAAUAUGCCAGCCGAAAUGUUGUCACAGGAAACGUUACUCAAGAAGACCAAAAUUUCCUCAAGUGUUCCUUCCGAGGAAAUGGAUCAAUUGAGGCAGAGACUGGAAAAUGUCAGUAGAGAACAUCAGGAGAUUCGACAAAAUAUCGUAACCCUGAGUACCCGAAAGACAGGGGCUCCACCCAGUGCCUCCGAUUACACCACCACCGCAUCGGAAGUAGACUCCAUAACUGAAAGCAUGUUGGUCGAUAAUCAAGCCUCUGAUGGUGCUGAAAACGUCGACACGAUCGCAAGUACCACCACUGAUCAUGGUUCCGAGGCGUCCACAAGCAGUGCCUCUAAGGUUUAUGAAAAACUUACACCUGUCGUG